AUGGCCAGCCAUGAUUCUGCAUCGGAAGAAGAUCUAGAAAUUGCCAGAAUUUUAGACGAAAGACAUUCUAAAAACACGACCAAAAGUACUAAAACGGCAUUGACGGCGUUAAUCCGAAAAUAAAACAUCGUAUUCACGAAGCCGAAGGUAUGUGUAAUGUGUUAAGUUUUUAAUUCUCAACUUGGAGGCUUUUAAUUUUCGGUAUAAUAUAUCAUUUAUAGACCUUCCGCUCGGGGGAUUCGGCGAAAUAUUACCCUCAGUGAUGAUAUUUCCCUCGGGGCAAAACCCCUCGGGAAAUAUCAUCACUUCGGGUAAUAUUUUGCCGAAUCCCCCUCGCUCCAGGUCUAUAAAUGAUAAAUGUAUAAAGUUAUUUAUCAUCAUUACCAUAAACAGAAUUACUGUAAUGUUAUACUCAAUUCGACCGGAAAAAAUAUGAUAGCAAAUGCUUUACUAUCAAAUAAUUAUAAUGUUUUACUGUAACAGUCAAAUAAUGAUUUACUGCAUGUAAUCCAGCAUACACUGCUAACUGUCCCAGUGAAUUUAUUAAGCUGCCGACCUAUCAGCACUAUCACUGAUAAACGGGUUUUGCCGACUGUGAUACGAAUUUUGUCCACUUAUAUGUUUAAUUUAAUAUUGAGCGAUAAGCAUUCUGUGAUCUUUGUGUGCUAAUUGACAUUGAAUGAUAAUUUUCUCUCGCGCAAGCUUUAAUUUCCAAAUAUGUUUCGAAAGUUCCGUUUUGUUUGAGUCUUUUUUAUGACGAAAAGAUGAAGUGUGUUUAGCGUAACGUUCCUUAAUUAAAUGUAGUCGCUGUCAUACCAAUGUAGUGUUUAGUGUCGUUCGUGUUGUUUGUUGUGUCUUCUCUUUACACGGAGAAAGACAGGACCCUUCUGAUGAGGAAGGCGACAUAACGGGAGAGGAGAUCGCCGCAGAUAAAGACGCAGGGGACACAGCAGGGAGUGAGGCAGGAGGUAACGUGGCAGGAAACAAACAGGGGAGCCGAGCUGGAGGAAGAGGCCGAGGUAGGGGACGUGGCAAUGGACGUGGUAGGGGACGUGGCAGGAGACGUGGCAGGGGACGUGGUAGGGGAAGUGGUCAAACCAAGAAAAGUGGACGGGGACGAGGACGAGGCAGGGGUCAAGCUGGAGCUAGUAGUUCCAAACAAAAUUCAAGAGGACAGGACCAACUUCAAUCUUAA